AUGAAGGAGUCUGUCUCCCAUCAGGCUCCAAAAGUCAUCAAAAAGAUUCAGUUUAGUUUACUCAAUGCACAAGAUACUGUCAAGAUAUCCGAGUUCGAGGUCACACAUCGAGACCUUUAUACCCCAACAGAUCGCCAGCCUGUAAAGAAUGGCGUUCUUGAUCGUCGUUUGGGCACUACAGACAAAGGCGCAUUCUGCGAAACAUGCGGGCAAUCCUCCGUCAAUUGUGUUGGACAUUAUGCAUAUAUCAAGCUAGUGGUUCCAGUCUUUCAUAUCGGUUACUUCAAGCAUACGAUUGCGGUGUUGCAGGCCAUUUGCAAGACAUGUGCCCGCGUCCUUCUCGAAGAAACUGAUAGGCGCAUAUUCAUCAAACGCUUUCGUCGCCCAAAUUUAGAGAACAUGCAACGGCAAUCGUUGUCAAAAGCAGUCAACACUAUGGCACGAAAGGUGGUAUAUUGUCCUUACUGUUCUGCAACGAACGGCGCCGUAAAGAAAGCAGGCGCUCUCAAGAUCAUCCACGACAAAUUCCGUGCGAAGAAGACGGCGGAUGAGCUCGAACGGUGGAAGAAGACCUUUGCUCCUGCUCUGGAGGCUCAGAAAGAGUUGGCGAUGUACAUAAACAAGGCCGUGCAUGAAGACCUAAAUGCACUCAAAGUCCUUGAUCUUUUCAGGAGAAUAUCUGACGAAGACUGUGAACUGUUAGGCCUGCACCCAGAUUGGGGCCGCCCGGAACAGUUCAUCUGGCAAUACCUUUCAGUACCCCCCGUUUGCAUUCGUCCUUCCGUCGCCCAGGACGGGGCUUCCAACGAAGAUGAUCUCACAGUCAAACUGACCGAAAUCGUGUUCACCAACGCAUUAAUUAGGCAGGGUCUUGCAAAGGGGUCUCCGACUCCCCAAUUUAUGGAACAAUGGGAGUUCCUACAACUAUCAGUUGCUAUGUAUAUAAAUUCAGAGCUGCCAGGGGUACCAUCUCAACCUGGGCAAAAGCCAAUUCGCGGAUUUGUUCAACGGCUGAAAGGAAAGCAAGGCCGCUUUCGAGGCAAUUUGUCUGGAAAACGAGUAGAUUUCUCCGGACGAACGGUCAUCUCGCCUGAUCCCAAUCUUCGUAUUGAUGAAGUUGCUGUGCCUGAACGCGUAGCGAAAAUUCUAACCUAUCCCGAGCGUGUUACCACCCAUAAUAUCAAUGCGUUAAGACAAGCCAUUCGCAACGGUCCUGAUGUACACCCUGGCGCCAACUUUGUCGCUAGAGGCGAUAACAAAAAGUUCCUCCGAUUCGGCAACCGUGCAGCCAUUGCAGAUGGUCUCGGCAUUGGAGAUGUUGUUGAACGACAUAUAAUAGACGGAGAUAUUAUCUUAUUCAACCGCCAACCCAGUCUUCACAAGUUAUCGAUCAUGUGCCAUCGAGCAAAAAUCCGGCCUUGGCGUACCUUUCGGUUGAAUGAAUGCGUUUGCGGACCAUACAAUGCUGACUUUGAUGGUGAUGAAAUGAAUCUGCAUGUUCCUCAAACAGAAGAAGCAAGGACGGAGGCUUUGGAACUAAUGAACGUUAAGCAUAAUCUGGUGACCCCAAGAAAUGGAGAGCCUGUUAUUGCCGCUAUCCAAGAUUUCAUUACUGCUUCUUUUUUGCUGUCUCGUAAAGAUCAGUUUCUUGAUCGCAGACAAUUCACGCAAAUCUGCUGCUACUUCGCUGACGCGGACAUGCAAAUUGACAUACCGCCUCCCACUAUUUGGAAACCUGUUCGCCUUUGGACUGGAAAGCAAAUAUUCAAUGUUCUAAUUCGACCCAACAAAAAGUCGAACAUCCUCGUGAAUGUUGAAUCGAAAUGUCACAAAUGGGAAGAAGCUAAGCCAGAGAACUAUCCUUCGCCGGAUCUUUCACCGAAUGAUGGCUGGCUGGUAAUCGUGAACAGCGAAAUCAUGUGUGGGGUCAUGGACAAGGCGACGGUUGGGAGCGGGAAGAAAAAAUCAAUCUUUGGUGUUAUUAUGCGGGACUACGGGCCUCACGAAGCUGCUGCUGCAAUGAAUCGCCUCGCGAAACUGUGUGCUCGAUGGCUUGCUAAUUACGGAUUCUCCUUGGGUAUCAACGAUGUCAUCCCCGGCCCAGAACUCUCCAGACAGAAAGAUAUUCUGGUGGAAAAGGCUUACGCGGAUUGCCAGGAUCUUAUCGCUCUCGCCAAGAAGGGAAAACUUGAAAACAAACCUGGAUGCGAUCAAGAACAGACGCUAGAAGCUCUCAUAUCAUCUGUACUGUCGAAAGUUCGUGAAGCAGUUGGACAAAUAUGCAUGAAGGAACUUAGCAGGCAGAAUGCGCCUUUAAUCAUGGCAACCUGUGGUUCUAAAGGCUCCGUUAUCAACGUAUCUCAGAUGGUUGCCUGUGUAGGUCAGCAAAUUAUCGCUGGCCACCGUGUACCGAACGGAUUCCAAGAUCGCUCACUGCCCCACUUCCCAAAAAAGUCGAAGGAGCCCCCUUCGAAGGGCUUCGUUCGAAAUAGUUUCUAUUCCGGAUUAAGAGCUACGGAGUUUUUAUUCCAUGCCAUCUCUGGUCGGGAAGGUCUUGUCGAUACUGCGGUCAAGACAGCAGAGACGGGUUACAUGCAACGGCGGCUUAUGAAAGCCUUGGAAGAUUUGACAACUCAAUAUGACCUGUCAGUGCGCAACUCGACGGGAGGCGUUGUACAGUUUCGAUAUGGCGAUGAUGGUCUUGACCCAGCUUGUUUAGAGGGGGAUGCUCAACCAAUCGACUUAGAUCGAUCAUGGAACCAUUCACUUGCAAUUGGUGGUCGUUCGGGUCGAGGAUUUUUGCCUUUCGAGAUUUCGGAACUCGUUGACCGCGAAUUAGGAACGCAUAGAUUCAUAAGCGAGUGCACAGCUGCGUACCUGGACCUUAUCAAAGGCUUUGUCGCGGACCACAUUGCUCAAAAGGUUGCUAAUGUGCGGAAAAGUCGGGGCAUGUUCGAAGCUCUUGAAAGAGAAGCCGAAUGGGACGCUGAAACAGAUUUGUCCCUUGGUGCUUCAGAUGCGGACAAGGCUAUCGUGGAUAACAAGUCGAAGGUAACUGAGAGCCAACUUCGGAAAUUCUUAGACCUUUGUUGGGUCAAAUACGUCAAGGCUCGCAUAGAACCAGGAUCAACGGUUGGUGCAGUUGGGGCCCAAUCCAUCGGUGAACCGGGAACGCAAAUGACGCUGAAAACUUUCCAUUUUGCUGGAGUUGCCUCGAUGAACGUCACCCUAGGAGUACCACGUAUAAAGGAAAUCAUAAAUGCUGCGAAGGCGAUUAGCACUCCAAUCAUCAGCUGCAAAUUGGUAACUAGCGACAGCGAAGCCUCAGCACGUAUUGUGAAAGCUCGAUUAGAAAAAACAUUGCUAGGCGACAUUGCCAGUGUUUUGGAAGAAGCUUGGGCUCCAGAAUAUACAUAUAUUGGAAUCAUUGUCGAUGUUAACGCGAUCCAGAAACUCCAGCUUGAGCUGACUUUGGAUGAUAUCAAGUGGGCCAUUGUGAAUGCGAAGAAACUCAAGAUUAAACAAGAGUCGAUCACCGUAAUGCCUCGUAAAAAUCGUCUUCGAAUUUACAUCGACGGCCAAGACAAAUACUAUCGUUUGCGUGAGCUAAAACGAGGGCUUGCAGACGUGGUGGUAAAGGGUGUCGGCACCAUUCAGCGUGCAAUCAUCAACAUAAAGGAUAAGAAUGACGCCAGGGGAAAGAAGGGCGACAAGGAGUUGUUGGUGGAGGGAUAUGGACUGCAAAAGUGCAUGAUAACUGAAGGCAUUGUGGGAGAGCAAACCUCUUCUAACCAUGUCAUCGAGGUUGCCCAGGUUCUGGGUAUCGAGGCAGCGCGCCAAACGAUCAUCAACGAGAUCCAGUACACCAUGAAAUCUCACGAUAUGAUCAUCGAUCCUCGCCAUGUCAUGCUCUUAGGAGACGUCAUGUCUUACAAGGGCGAAGUUCUCGGUAUCACUCGGUUUGGUGUUGGUAAAAUGAAGGAUAGCGUCCUGAUGCUAGCAUCUUUCGAGAAAACAACCGAUCACCUUUUCGAUGCCUCUGCGUUUGGGAAGAACGACAGCAUCGCUGGUGUCUCUGAAAGCAUCAUUAUGGGGAAUCCAGCUGCGAUGUGUGGUACCUCGAUGCCUGCCCUGUUUUCCACAACGCCGACCUUGAAAAAGCCGAGGCGAUUACUUUUUGAGACCGCUCUGUAA